AUGGGCUGCGGGACGAGCGCGCCCAUCGAGCCGGAGCCACCGGAAGAGGUGGUCUCCGCCACCGCUUCCCGCAACGCAGACAAGAAGGCGGCGCAGCUUGAGAACAAGGAAUACCAUGCGCGAAUGAAGUUCCUUUCGGAAGUCCCGCUCAUGAAGCGCUUGCCCAAAGAUGAGCACCCCAUUGUGGCAGAAGCUUGCGAGGUUUGCAUCUUCGAGCCUGGCCACAAGAUCAUCCAGCAGGGUGACAACGGCGAUGCCUUCUAUGUGGUUCGGACGGGGGAAGCCAGUGUCCACUUGGAAAACGAGGAUGGCAAGAAGCAGGUGGCGACUCUCAAGGGUGGAGAUUAUUUCGGAGAGAAUGCCCUUCUUCGGGAUGAGCCACGACUUGCCACCAUCAUCGCGGAAAGCAAGCUCGUGGCUUUGCGAAUUACCCGAGAGAAGUUCGAGGAGCUGGGCCUGAACAACAAGCUGAUGUUUGCGAACCGGAAAGCUGUUGCGGGUGGCCUGCAGAUGCAAGCGAAGGCCAAGCCUCCGACCGAAAAGACGGAGGAGGAUGUCGUCCUCAUCACCCGUGCUCUACAAGAGAAUGAGAACCUCGCCACGAUGACAGCCCUAGAUGAUGCGAGGCUCAAGUCCUUCAUUGAUGUGAUGUGGAAAGAGGAGGUGAAGGAAGACGAACAGAUCAUCACAGAAGGUGACCUGAAAGCCGAUUUCUUCUACAUCGUGGCUUCCGGGGAGUUCGACGUGAAGAUCGCGGAAACCGACGACGAGGGCAAUCCGAAGGCUGUGAUGGAGAGCAGCGCGUCCAAGAGCGUGACUCACGUCACGGCAGGUGGCAGCUUCGGAGAGCUGGCUUUGAUGUACUUCGUCCCAAGGGCGGCCACCGUGGUGGCCACCACGGACUCUGAGGUUUGGGUCAUCGAUCGGGCCAACUUCAAGAACAUCUUGAUGAAGGCCUCCGACUCCAGGAUCAAGGAGUACGUGAAGUACUUGGAUCAGGUCUCGGUCUUGGACAGUUUAUUGGCCGAAGAGAAGAAGCAGGUCGCCAACGCACUCGUGGAGAUGCAUUUCGAAAGAAACGAUGUCAUCAUUCAGCAAGGCGAGCCUGGCAACAUGUUCUACAUCAUGUAUGAAGGAGAGGUGGAGAUUGUCAAGGACGGGGACGCAGUGGCAACGCUGGAAGCCAGGAUAAAAAGCGGAACUGCGCAGUUCUUUGGAGAGAAGGCUCUCCUGGAGAACGAAAACCGCACUGCGACGGUGGCCGUGAAGAGCUCUUCAGCCAAGUGCCUCGUCUUGGACCGCGAGUCCUUCGAUCUCCUCUUGGGCCCUCUGAAGGACAUCAUCGAUGCCGUCCGCGAGGGUCGGGAGCGGCCGCAGCACACCGCGGCGAACCCGGCGGAGAACGGGUCCCUGGCCCAGAAUCGACAGCGGAUCCGACGGAGCGAGCUGAAGCGCAUCGGCUUGCUGGGCUGCGGCGGCUUCGGGGCCGUGGAGCUCUGGGAGCACGCCAAGACAGGCGACUCCUAUGCUCUCAAAGCCAUCAGCAAGGGCUACAUUGUCAAGACUGGUAUGCAAGAGAGCAUCAUGAACGAGAAGAACAUCCUAGCAAUGACCAACUCCUCCUUUAUUACGAAACUCUACGAAACCUUCAAUGGGACGCAAACGCUUUACUUCCUCCUGGAGCCAUGCCUGGGUGGUGAGCUGUAUGCCACCUACAUCCGGAAGGGCCUCUAUGGCUCCGACAAGCACUGCAAGUUUUACACGGGCUCGGUUGUUUUUGCCUUUGAGCACAUGCACCAACGCCGCAUCAUCUACAGAGACUUGAAGCCGGAGAACCUCCUCCUCGCAGAGGACGGCUUCAUGAAGCUGACAGACAUGGGCCUGGCCAAGUUUGUCGUGGGUAAAACCUACACGACGUGUGGGACUCCCGACUACUUCGCUCCUGAGCUUAUUGCAUCCACGGGGCACACCAACGCUGUGGAUUGGUGGACCCUUGGCAUCCUGAUCUUCGAGCUCAUGUCAGGUCAUCCGCCUUUUGAGUCGGCCUAUCCCAUGCAGAUCUAUGCAAAGGUCACCAAAGGGAUCGGCAAGGUCGCUUUUCCGAGCGUGAUGAAGGGACACUGUAAGAAUCUUGUGGAAAAUCUCCUGAAGAACGACCCCUCGGAUCGACUGGCCAUGCGAAAACAUGGAGUGGCCAACGUGAAGUCGCACCCUUGGUUCGAAGACAUGGACUGGGAUCGCUUGGAGAGGAUGGAGUGCCAGGUGCCGUACAAGCCGGCCGUCCGAAGCCGGAAGGACCUCUCCAACUUCGUGGCCAAGAAGGAGGUAUAUCGAUCCAGGAACCGGAUGGGACAAGGAUUUCGCGACCUCAUACUGAGUUCCUCGAGGAUGGCCUGCGAAUCGCGAGAUCCUCUUCUUUUUCGUGCAUGUAGUAAUUGUAGUAUGCCGGAGCUGCAAGACUUCCUGCGAAUCGUUCUGCAGCAAAUUCGCAAAGACCGCGCCUUCGCCGAAGGCAGCGCUUACAACCUCGAUGGCCCUCCGGGGCAGAUCCGAAAGAGUCGCUGGAAGGCGACCACGCGGAGCGGCUGCACCUGGGGGCGGCGCCUGAAGAACUUGCAUCCCGAGGAGCGCGCCUACAUCACCCAGACCAGCGGAGCACGCAUGAGCCGGGGCCUCCUUUUGGUGGAAUAUGCCUUUCCUGUCUCUCACCCGCGUGGGGGCGCGCGCAGCGCGCUGGCUACGGCGAGUGGAUGCGCUAUCGACCAGGUGAAUGAGGCCACCGCGGCCCCUUCCUCACGCAUUUGCCCGUUCUCUUGCUUAAAGCAAGAAGCGGUGCCCUCGCCCUUAUUGAAGGCAGGUCAGCAGCGUGCUCCUGAGUGUGUGUGGGUCACGCAAACCUACGCAGAGGGCCCUGGCUUCAGCGACUCCGCGACGGUUCCAUAUCACCUUGAGCAGGAGGAGGGAGACAUUGCAGAGAACAUUCCGUCCCACUGCUCUGGCAGCAGCGCUGCCACCCCGGAUACAGACAUCGGGGAAGAAGGCGACUCUGCAGCUCAGGCGUGGCCUGACACGGACGACGAGAUGCUCGGAGGUUCGGAGACAUCCUUGAAAUCGGUCCCAACAGUGGCACCGGCGCUGGUGGAUAUGUACGUCCCCCAAGUUGAGGAGAUGGUGCCUUGUCAGGAGGCAAUGGCAGUGUGGACCUGGGAUAUGCCCAACUUGCCAGAAGAGAAG